AUGGCGUGUAGGCCGCCAUGUCCAUGUGGCUGGAGCUGCUUCUGCAUGGUCUUCUUCCUCGGCUUGCUGCUCGCCGAGGCCGUCCAUGGUGCAGGGCGGAGCGAGCCGGCCGCUCGUUCGACUCCGAGCCUCGUUCCAGCUGAAGCGCGCGUCCUUCGACGGAUCGCAGUCAGACUGGGUGUGUCCAGCUGGGAUUUCACCGCCGGCACCGGUCCCUGCGACCAAGGCGACUCUGGGGUGCACUGUGACUGCUCCUUUUCUAACGGCACCAUCUGCCAUGUCACCGAGAUAUUCCUCAAGGGGCAGAACUUCUCCGGUGAGCUCCCGCCAGACUUCGCUGACCUCCCCAACCUCCUCCAGCUAGAUCUAAGCAGGAGCUUGUUUCAUGGUGGAGUGCCUGACCAGUGGGCCCGGAUGAAGUUACAAGGACUGUCACUGAUGGGGAACAGAUUGUCAGGGCCUUUUCCCAUGGUUCUCACGAGGAUCACAACCCUGACUAACCUGAGCAUUGAAAGCAAUGAGUUCUAUGGGCCAACGCCUCCUGAAAUUGGGCAUCUAAUUCGAAUAGAGAAGCUAAUAUUAUCAACCAAUGAGUUCACUGGACCCCUUCCAACUGCUCUUUCGCUAUUCAGUAAUAUAACUGAUUUGAGGAUUUCUAGCACCAAUUUUUCUGGAAGGAUGCCUGAUUUUUGGGGUAAAUUGAAAAGGCUUGAAAAAUUGCAAAUCGAAGGAUCUUUGUUGGAAGGGCCACUUCCCUCGAGCCUAUCUGAAUUGACAAACCUUUCUGAUCUGAGGAUUAGUGACCUGAGAGGUAGUGGUUCAUCUUUCCCUGAUUUAAGUCGAAUGACAUCCAUGAACAAAUUGGUACUAAGGAACUGUUCCAUCAGUGGAAGCAUACCUCCUUACAUUGGCACAUGGACAACUCUUAAGCAUCUGGAUCUCAGCUUUAAUAAACUGAGUGGAGAAAUACCACCUUCUUUUGCUAGCAUGGGAGCUGUAGAUUACAUGGACAUAUCUUUUAAUAACUUCACGACAGGGAGUUCAGGUCCUAGCCAAUGCCUUCAAGGGAGUGUCAAUCUCGUGGAGAGCUAUUCAGCUGAAGCGAACAGUUUAAAUAGUAUUCAACCAUGCUUAAAGAGGAAUUUUCCAUGUGUUGCUUCGAAUGGACAAUAUCACUCUUCAUUGCAUAUCAAUUGCGGUGACAAAGAAGCAACUAUCAAUGGAACUAAAUAUGAAGCUGACACAACACCCAAAGGGGCAUCAUUGCUGUAUGUAUCCCCAGGCUUGAACUGGGCAUUCAGCAGCACCGGGAACUUCAUGGAUGACAACAUAAAUGACGAUGACUACAUUGCAACAAGCGCAUCAACAUUGGUCGUGCCCAAUUCAGAUCUGUACACCAAAGCCCGUCUUUCUCCUCUUUCCCUCACAUAUUAUGGGCUUUGCAUGUUAAGUGGGAGCUACACAGUUAAUCUCCAUUUUGCUGAAAUUGUUUUCACAAAUGACAGCACAUAUUAUAGCCUUGGCAAAAGAAGAUUCAACGUGUUUAUACAGGGAAGAAUGGUGCUAGAGGAUUUCGACAUUGAACAGUCGGCCGGUGCGGCUGCAAAGCCAGUUAUCAAGACUUUUCAAACAUAUGUCACAAAUCACACUCUAGAGAUUCAGUUCUAUUGGGCAGGAAGAGGGACAACUGGCAUUCCAUAUAGAGGUUCUUAUGGCCCACUGAUAUCUGCAAUAUCAGCUGUUGAGCCUCCCAAAGCUGGAAGUAGCAAAAAACGGAGUUCAAGGGCAUCUAUUGCUUUAAUAAUUGGAAUCCCUAUUGUAGCAAUAUUCGCUGCUCUGAUCGUCGGCAUUUAUUGUAUUAUUAAGAAGCAGAGAAAGAGUUCGAUGCAUAAAGAACUCAGAGCCCUUGACCUGCAAAUUGGCUCCUUCACCUUGCGUCAAAUCAAAGCAGCAACUAGGAACUUCGAUGCAGCUAACAAGAUUGGUGAAGGAGGAUUUGGUUCAGUAUACAAGGGUUUAUUAUCUGAUGGCACCAUCAUCGCUGUCAAGCAGUUGUCAUCAAGGUCUAAACAAGGGAAUCGGGAGUUCGUGAAUGAGAUAGGCAUGAUAUCUGCACUGCAGCAUCCUAACCUUGUCAAACUCUAUGGCUGCUGUACAGAAGGAAACCAGCUGUCGCUAGUUUAUGAGUAUAUGGAAAACAAUUGCCUUGCACGAGCUCUUUUCGUUGAACAGUAUAGAUUGAGAAUGGAUUGGGGAACAAGGCAUAAGAUUUGCCUUGGAAUAGCAAGAGGUCUAGCAUAUUUGCAUGAGGAUUCUGCAAUAAGGAUCGUGCACCGAGAUAUCAAGGCCAGCAAUAUACUGCUCGACAAAGAUUUGAAUGCCAAGAUCUCAGAUUUUGGGCUAGCAAAGCUUAAUGAAGAUGAUCACACCCACAUAAGCACAAAAGUAGCUGGAACUAUCGGAUACAUGGCUCCUGAGUAUGCUAUGCGUGGUUAUUUAACAGAUAAAGCUGAUGUAUACAGUUUUGGUGUUGUUGUUUUGGAAAUUGCUUGUGUUCUACAUGAAAGAGGAACUCUACUGGAAUUGGUAGAUCCAGAUCUAGGAUCAAAUUACUCAACAGAAGAGGCGCUCCUCAUGCUGAAUGUUGCCCUGCUAUGCACAACUGCAGCACCUACACUCAGACCAAAGAUGUCGAAAGUUGUUAGCCUGCUUGAAGGCAGCACCCCUCUGCAGACUUUGCUGUCAGACCUCAGCCUUGCAGCAAAUAGCCUGAGCUCAAGUGGUGUACGCAGGAACUUCUGGCAAAACCCAAGUGAGAGUCAGAGCCUGACAGCACAAGCCUCAUGCAGUGAUACUAAUGAAUCAUCGACCAUUGAUAUAGAUGGUAUCCUGAGACCACUGAACACUGGAAGUUCCCUAUGGUCUGUGGUCUCUGAGCUCUUAUCCAUCUUUUAUUUUGUUUCUGAAAAGAUAACAAAUUGGACAUUAAUACUUCAUCUGAUAGCAGUUAACUAUCAAUUACAACUUGGAGAUGAACUGAUACCAAUUAAAAUCUUUGCCUCCACAUGGAAUGUCGGAGGUAAAUCCCCAAGGGGAUUGAAUCUUGAUGAAUGGCUCCAUUCUUCACCUCCAGCUGAUAUCUAUGUUUUAGGAUUUCAAGAAAUUGUUCCUUUGAAUGCUGGAAAUGUUCUUGGCACUGAAGAUAAUCUCCCAGCCAAAAAGUCAGUAUCCCUUGUCAGCUUGUCAGGAGGACAUUGA